AUGGAGGCCGACCCGAAAGCCGGCGAAGCGGCGCCGACCGUGCAGGACUUACCUCUGUAUCUCGACCUCGGUAGUGGACUCACUGCCAAGCUCAAGGAACACGACUACGCCGUCCUCAUAGACCAUAGGCUAGAGUUCAACGCCUGUUGCUUGGCAUUGGGCCUCAAGUUUUUUCGGGUGGCGGUCCUGGCCAAGCUUGGGCGCGAUGGUAGGAAGUGGGAGUGGGCGAAGCCUUCUACUGAAGAGGUGGAGGACAGGCUCACCGACUGCGAUAAACCUGUUCGAGAUAAAGUGCCCAAUGCCGUCCGGGAUGGGGACACGGGCUCCGGCCUGCUAGCAAUGAGCGCUUUGUGCUGGGUGGUGAGGAGGAUGGAUCUCCUGCCCGGCGCCCUCCGUCGCAGUGUGUCCAGCAUGGACAAGGUCAACGUUUCGGGGUUAAAGGGGCUGCGGAAUGGGAUGAUAACAUUCAUCAAGGAGUACGUCGCUCUCAAACGGUCAGGCCAUGUCGGAGUUGCUGCCGACGCCUGUGACGACAACGGCGAGGAGGCCCCUUCGGCAUCCCAAGCAGUAGGUGUCGCCCACACUGUCGAUGAUGAGCGUGGGACUUCGAUCGGAGAGCUCGGAGGCGGCGUCGACAAGGAAGAUGAGGAGGCGGGAAGGGCGGUGACAGGGACCGCGGAGAAGCACCAGGAUGAUAACAAGGAUCGUGAGGAGGAGGAGGAGGAGGAGGAGGAGGAGGAGGAGGAGGAGGGGGGCUCGGAGGAGGAGGAGGAGGAGGAGGAGGAGGAGGAGGAGGAGGAGGCGGAGAAGCAGUAA